AUUUCGCAAGUCCCAGGUCAUUUGUCGCUGCCGGUCCAUCCCUCUCCUCCACCCAUCCCCACAGCUUCUAGCCAGGUCCAGUGUCGCCGGCGCGGCCCUCGGACGCCACGCCUCCUCCACUCCUUCCUUCCCCUUGCCGGCGUCUCAGGCGCUCCGCUUCCUCCUCGCACCAGGGAGGGGGACAAGAACAAUCCUUCAGCAGUCUUCUCGGUUCUAACGCCUCCCUUCUCUACCGACCAAUAUAGUACAAGAUGGCUCCCGGCCGGAAGGUAGGAUCAGGCAAACGGCAACCAGCAGAACAAGAACUAACAGAUUAUGAGAAAGAAAGAACAUUAAAUAUCAUGAGGAACAACCAGAGGAUUCAAGAACUUGGUAUGUUAAAGUUGAAGUCAAUCCUUAGCCAAACAGCUGCACCGUUAAACACCAAGGAGAGGGGUACUGCAGGCACAAAUAAUAACAAGAAGGCGAGAGGUACUGCAGUAUCAGAUUCUUUGUAUCAGCCUGAAGAGAAUGACGACUCUGAAGAAGAAGGCGUUGAAAAGAGUUCAAAUGAUACUACUAGAAUGCCAUUCGGAGGAGCAAGAACGAAGAGAGUCAUGGCACCAGGGGGACAAGGCCUACCUGCUAGAGUCACUAGGCAGAAGACAAGAGCGUCGGCUUCAACUCACGAAGACCUUCCUGCCACAGAUGUUGCAUUGGUACCACCAAGGUCUCCUGCCCAACAUGAGGACCCUCUUCUAAUGGACGAUGAAGUUGAACAUACUACCAUCACAGAGCAAGUGCAUAGGGGAAGAACUUUGGGAAAAGGACUUGAGAGGAUAAGCAGAGGCUUAGGCACUAAGUUAGCAAUCCACAUUUCUGAAGGGAACAAACGGCCAGAGACACCAAUGCAAGCUGCAAAGCUUGCAUCAGAGGGAGGGAUUGUUCUUAGGCAACACAUACCUAUCCUUCCACACUGGAAGGAGUACAAGAAGGAUCCCUCUAUCCUUACAGACUACAUUGGCAAAGUUGCUGUUCAAUUUACCAUGGACACCAAUUCUAAGCCAGUCAAAGAUGCAUGUGUUGACAUGCUCAAGGGUGGGCAACGUCAAAUGAGACACAGGCUCAAAAAACAGUACUUUGAUGAUGUCCCGGCUAAUCAAGUUAGAACUACAUCGCCGGUGAAUAGUAUGACUGAUGAGCAAUGGAGAGCCUUGGUGGCAAUGUGGUCAAGCCCAAGACACAAGGAGAAGUGCCAGAAAUACAAACUGAAUCGUGAGUUUGUUAAGUUACAGCAGCGCACAGGCUCUCGGUGCUACAUUGCACACCGCUUUGCUGUGACCGAAAUGCUAUAUCCCGAUGCACCACCCAAUGCAAUUGAACUUUUCAAGGAGUGCCAUCUUAGCAAAAAGAAAGGCCUUGCUGAGCCAGUCCAGAAGGCUAUUGAUGACAUGAACGCUAUUAUGGCAGCUCCAGUUGAAGAUGAACAGCAACCCAAUACUGCAAUUGAAGCAGUUUCUCAAGUUCUACCAUCAAGUAAAUUCCUUCAAAAUGUAGGCCUUCAGCCAGCCUUGAAGAAAAGAUCUAGCCGAGCUGAAACUUUGCGUGUGCAAGAGCUUGAAGCGCAACUUGAGAAGGAGAAACAAGACAAAGAGGAACUUCGACAAAAGCUUGAUGGUCAACAACAAGAGAUAGACAACCUAAAGAAACAGUCAGAAGAAGCAAGACAGAAGCAUCUAGAAGAUGUUGGAGAUCUCAAGAAGCAAUUAGAAGAAAACAAUGCUCUCCUUCGUGGUUUGAUCAGCUUCAAUCAGAGUCAGUAAUAGGUGAAUACUUAUCCCUAACGUGGUUUAUGCUUUCAUGGGACUAUGGUAUUUUGGGAAUAUUAUAGCUAACUUUGGAUCUAGGAGUUGAUGUGUCUAGAUGUGAACACUAGGUCCUUUUUGGCUUGAAGUGCCAUACUGCUCUGCUGUUUUGUGAACCUGUUGGUUGCCAAAUGUGCAAAAUGUGAAGAUCCUGUUAUGUGUGUGGAUCUAGAUGGUGGUUGUCAUAUUUUGUGAGAUGGUUCUGUUGGUGGAAUAUAUGGAUUAUUGCUAUGUCAAUGAACUAUUGAACUGUGAUAAUAUUAUGUGAAUGAAGUAUGGUUAUGUUAUUCUA